UAGUUUCUCACGGACAAUCGGUAACUGGACGAGCUGACCAGUCUCCAAACGAAACAUUCGCCUUCCCAUCUCCCCACUCCCAACGCCAAACAAACAAACAGUGGAUAAAUCACAUAUGGCACCAGUUCCACUCCCCCAUCUCAACAACACCACAACCAGAAUCCUCUCCCUCCUAAACACCUCCACUUCUCUCCCCCACCUCCGCCAAAUCCAAGCCCAACUCAUCCUCCACAACCUCCUAAACGACACCACAAUCGCCCACCACGUAAUAAUCAACGCCUCCCAUUCUCCACUCCUCUUAAACGACAUUGCCCACAUCCUUUUCUCCACCCAACUCCGACGACCCCACGUCUUCACUUGCAACUCCCUCAUCAGAGCCUUCUCCCACUCCCAAGCCUGUCAUCAUAUCCCUCUCUCCAUUUACAUCCGCAUGCAAAAAACCAACGUCCUUCCCAACAACUACACCUUCCCUUUUCUCCUCAAGUCCUUGUCCGACUCCCGCGAGUUGAAACACGCCCAAUGCGUGCACACCCAUGUCGUCAAACUUGGACAUCUCGGCGAUAUCUACGUGAGAAACUCGCUGCUUGACGUGUAUGCGUCCUGCGGCCACGUGGGUUCGUGCCGCAAGGUGUUUGACGAAAUGCCAUAUAGAGAUGUUGUGUCGUGGACGGUUUUGAUCAUGGGGUAUAGGAAUUGUGGGAGGUACGAGGACGCGCUGGUUGUUUUUGAGCGGAUGCAGUACGCUGGUGUGGUGCCAAAUCGCGUGACUAUGGUGAAUGCGCUGGCUGCGUGCGCGAACUCGGGGGCGCUUGAGAUGGGAGUUUGGAUACAUGACUUUGUGAGGAGAGAAGGAUUGGAGUUGGACGUGAGGUUGGGGACUUCUUUGAUCGAUAUGUAUGGGAAAUGCGGGAGAAUAGAAGAGGGCUUGGCGGUUUUUAGAAGCAUGAAGGAGAGAAAUUCGUUUACGUGGAAUGCGGUUAUUCAAGGGCUAGCUCUUGCUAAAAGUGGGAAAGAGGCUGUGUGGUGGUUUAACAGAAUGGAGCAAGAAGGGUUUAGAGCGGAUGAAGUAACCUUGGUGGCAGUGUUGUGUGCUUGUAGUCAUUCGGGCAUAGUAGAUGUGGGAAGACAGAUAUUUGAUGCCUUGGUCGAUGGGAAAUAUGGAUUUUCACCUAGUGUCAAACAUUAUGCUUGCAUGGUUGACAUCUUAACGCGGGCUGGGUGCCUUGAAGAAGCUUUCAAAUGCGUGAAAGUAAUGCCUCACGAGCCUACAAAAACUAUAUGGGGUUCACUGCUGGCUGGUGGUAGAGCUCAUGGGAACUUGGACUUAAGCGAGUUUGCUGCUUGGAAGCUUAUUGAGCUAGAACCGGAAAAUGCUGCUUACCAUGUAAUGCUCUCCAAUAUGUAUGCAGAAAUGGGAAGAUGGGAUGAUGUUGAGAAAGUCAGAGGGAUGAUGAAAGACAGAGGCCUUAAGAAAGAUUUGGGUUGUAGUUCUGUGGAACUUGAACCCAAUGAAUCAGUUUAUCAAUUUGUAGCAUAGCCAUUACCUUUACAUUUGUGCUUAGAGGAGGUUAGUCCGUUUCUUUAAUCGGGAUGUGUAUAGUGUUGAAUCGCAGAUUUAAAUGUUUAAAUACGAUGUGUAUGAAUCUUAUACU